CAUUGCCGAUAGCGCGCACGCAAACAUGGUGAACAUUCCUAAAACCCGCCAGACUUUCUGUAAGAAAUGUGGAAAGCACCAACCCCACAAAGUGACACAGUACAAGAAGGGCAAGGAUUCUCUGUAUGCCCAGGGAAGGCGGCGCUAUGAUGGGAAGCAGAGUGGCUAUGGUGGGCAGACUAAGCCGAUUUUCUGGAAAAAGGCUAAAACUACAAAGAAAAUUGUGCUGAGGCUUGAGUGUGUCGAGCCCAACUGCAGAUCUAAGAGAAUGCUGGCUAUUAAGAGAUGCAAGCAUUUUGAACUGGGAGGAGAUAAGAAGAGAAAGGGCCAAGUGAUCCAGUUCUAACCGUCUUUUAUUUAUUAUGAAGACAAUAAAAUCUUGAUGUUAUGUUAAAAAAAAAAA